CUGCAGCGCGGCGGCGCCAUCUGCCUCUUCCCCGAGGGCGGAUCCCACGACCAGCCCGACCUGCUCGAGCUGAAGCCUGGCGUCGCGCUGAUCGCUCUCGGCGUGAGCCGGCCAGUCCCCAUCGUCCCGAUCGGCCUCUCCUACUUCCGGGGCCACUCUAUCGGCGCAAAGGUGACCGUCCACAUCGGACCCCCGAUC